AUGCCUGGACGCGACACCUCGCACGCCGCAUCUCCAAGCCCAGGGGACAACCGAGUUCUCAACCGUGAGGGAUCUGAAACCAGCAUGGAUAACUCGUCAUAUGAUAUCCCUGAGCACAACACCACCCGCCUCGACCCUCAAAGACAGGAAGACGAUUUUUCAACCACUCGCAAUUCCCUCAGUGCCGAACCACAAUCCCCGAGUACGCAUAUCUCGUUGUCCGACAUGUCUGGAAACAAUACUUGGCACCUCCCGCCUUCAAAUUGGGAAGACGAACGUUCUCGCCGGUUCUGGACCCGCACGUCAAACUCCAUUUCCGAGGGGCCUUUCGUAAUCUACGAAGAUCCUCCUGACCGCGAAGAGCCAACGAUCGAGCCAGAGGAGCCUGAUGACGGAGCCAAUAAUCAGGAGGAUGAAGAACUAUUUGGUGACAACGGCCCUGAUCAAGAGAACGUGAAUCCGGCUACAAUCGAACCCGAUCUCAAUUCCGUCGACACUUUUGAGCUGUCACCGGACGCUCCCAUCGUCGAAUUCGACCGACACCGUGACGACUAUGCUGGAGAUGGCAGCUGGCCCACUAGGAAUGGCCGACGGGUACUGUGGACGCUCUGGACCGACCCGACCCAGGAAGGCGAUAGCUAUGAUCUCACUUAUGAUGAUCGGGCUAUGCAAACUGGUCAACUUAGACUGGGACGUCGCCUUGAGAGCCCCUACGCCCACCUGCCUCUGAGUGAGCCCGCUCGGCGAACUGGUCCUCGUCGCACCGGUCCCCAUCGCACCGGUCCUCACAGUACCCGUGCUCGUCGCCUUGGCGUUCGUCGCACCCUCGACUUCCACCGACCGGUGGUCCGCGCGACCACUCCUGAGAUUGAGGACGAGGCGGAUGAUGAGGCCAGCGACGACCGGAACGAGGAGACCGAGGAUCGCUAA